CUCCAUAGAACAAUAAUAUAGGGACUGAACUGAGUUCACUUCAUUGGAGCCAGAAGGAAGUCAUUUUUAUGAGUGACGUCCCACUCACUCAGUCCACUUCUCAUAUACUCAGUGGUUUCCAUGCACCUGUCCCAAGCCCGGUUAAAAGCAAAAGUUCAAGUUGGCUGUAAAAUUCUGAGGCCAAAAUCAAGUUCAGAUUGUGGGGUAUUUGUCCGUGGGAUCCCCUGAAGGGAGGAUCUACGAGGAAAAACAAGUAGCAACAUAAACCAUUAAACUAUGUGGAUUGGAACAGAAUGCAUUAGUUUGUUUUUUGAUUAAUGUAAUCUUCAGUCAGUCCCUUUUCUGUGCAGACCAGUGUGACCUCUGGGACCUGGAUCAGUUUAUUGAGCAGCAGGUCUUUGUUCUCAGGCAACAGGUUCUGAAAAAGUUGAACUUUUAAGUUAUCAACUCGAUUGUUCGUUUGAAAUGAAUAAAGGAAAAAGUAAGAGUUAAAAUAAGGAAUUGGUUUUAGACCUAACAGCCUUUUGUAACUUUGUUGGUCUGGUCAUUUCCCUGCUGCCUUUGUGUUUUUGUCAUCGAAAAGGUUAUUCGGAUCAAGUUCUUGGUUACCUGAAAUGUUCCAUUGCUCCCCUAGCUCGGUCACCUGACAAGUUUCCUUGAUUCUGAAGUAACUUCUCUCUCUUUGAGUGCAAAGUUGUGGCGUUUGGAGUGUUUAACUGCCACCUCGUGAGGUUUUCUCCAGCUGCCGCUGGAAGCCACGUCUUCUGAUGAGCCAGUCGAGGGUUUGCUGUCAGUGGUGGAUUGUCAGGCGUCUGCGGCCUGUAGUACGGCUUCUUUUCACUGGAAGCAGUGAGGCACAGCAGGGAGAAACCGAGGACUGGAGUUUAGGCACAAAUUCACACUAGCUUUCAGGAUCCAUUCUUGGCACGGCCGAGUCCAGUCGACAGGAGGAGAAGGAGGGAUCUGAAGAGGAGCGCCCCGAGUCACUCCUUAAAGCACUGGCUGGCAGCAUGGGUGAAGAGGGGCCUCCCAGUCUGGAGUACAUCAAGGCUAAGGAUCUGUUCCCCCAGAAAGAGCUGGUGAAGGAGGAUGAGAACCUUCAGGUGCCAUUCCCAGUUCUUCAGGGGGAGGGGGUCGAGUAUCUUGGUCAUGCCAAUGAAGCCAUCAUCGCCAUUUCUAACUACAGAUUUCACAUCAAGUUCAAGGAAUCCGUCGUCAAUACCUUGGCAGGUGUGGACACAGACAUCUCUGUGCCUCUCAGGCUCAUAGAGGGCGUGGAGAGCAGAGACAUGUUCCAGCUGCACAUCAUCUGCAAAGAUUCGAAGGUUGUCCGAUGCCACUUUGCAACCUUUAAGCAGUGUCAGGAAUGGGCGAAGCGGCUGAACCAAGCCAUCGCCCACCCAUCGCGGCUGGAGGACCUGUUCGCCCUGGCCUAUCACGCCUGGUGCCUCGGAGGCAGCGCAGAUGAUGAAGACCAGCACGUUCAUCUGUGUCGCCCAGGGGACCACGUGCGCCACCGAAUGGAGAUGGAGGUGAAGAGGAUGGGCUUUGAUACGCAGAAUGUUUGGAGAGUGUCAGACAUCAACAGCAACUACAAGUUGUGUUCCAGUUAUCCUCAGAAGCUUCUGGUUCCAAUAUGGAUCACCGAUAAGGAGCUGGAGAGUGUGGCUUCUUUCAGGUCGUGGAAGAGGAUCCCUGUGGUGGUCUACAGGCAUCAGAAGAAUGGAGCAGUGAUUGCCCGUUGCAGCCAGCCUGAGAUCAGCUGGUGGGGCUGGAGGAACACAGACGAUGAAUACCUGGUGACGUCCAUCGCUAAAGCUUGUCAAAUGGACUCUGGAGCCAAAGCGCCACUGGCGAACCGGCAACGAGGAGAAGCUCCCGACUCCUCCGACAGUGAUUUUGACUCCUCGCUGACUGGAGGCUCUGGCUGUGACGAGAACACCGUCCCCCACAAACUGCUGAUCCUGGACGCCCGCUCCUACACGGCUGCUGUGGCCAACAGGGCCAAGGGUGGGGGCUGUGAAUGUGAAGAGUACUAUCCAAACUGCGAGGUCAUGUUUAUGGGAAUGGCCAACAUCCACGCCAUCCGAAACAGCUUCCAGGCUCUGAGGACAGUCUGUUGUCAGAUCCCGGAUCCGGGAAACUGGCUGUCUGCACUCGAGAGCACCCGCUGGCUGCAGCACCUGUCUGUCAUGUUGAAGGCAUCCACUCUGGUGUGUUCAGCCAUGGAGCGGGAAGGUCGACCCGUCCUGGUUCAUUGUUCAGACGGGUGGGACCGCACACCGCAGAUAGUAGCCCUAGCCAAGAUUCUGCUGGACCCGUAUUACAGAACUUUAGAGGGUUUCCAGGUGCUGGUGGAGACAGAGUGGUUGGACUUUGGUCAUAAGUUCGGGGACCGCUGUGGCCACCAGGAGAGCGCGGAUGAUGUGAGCGAGCAGUGUCCUGUCUUCCUGCAGUGGCUGGACUGUGUCCACCAGCUGCUCAAACAGUUCCCCUGCCUGUUUGAGUACAACGAGGCCUUCCUGGUCAAGCUGGUGCAGCACACCUACUCCUGUCUCUAUGGCACCUUUCUGUGCAACAACGCCCGCGAGAGGGAGGCCAAGAACAUCUAUAAGCGCACCUGCUCUGUGUGGUCCCUGCUGCGCACCGGAAACAAGAACUUCCAGAACUUCCUCUACAUCCCCAGCCAUGACACGGUGCUGCAGCCUGUCUGCCACACUCGGGCACUACAGCUGUGGACAGCUGUGUACCUGCCCACCUCCUCCCCCUGCACGGCUGUGGAUGAGUCUGUGGAGCUCUACCUCCCCCCGUGCAUCGCAGGAGAGGAACUCACCUCCCGCUCGCUGGACAGGCUUCCUAAAACACGCUCCAUGGACAACCUAUUGUCUGCCUUCGAGAACGGCACGCCCCUGACUCGUACAUCAAGUGACCCUAAUCUGAACAAACACUGCCAGGAGGACCGCGGUGCAGCCGAGGCCUCGUCGGCCUUGUCUGCGCACGGCUCUGAUGACCCAGAGGAAGAUCAGUCUGACCAUCCGAGUCCCACCCAGACUGCCGUGGUUGUCCCGUGGGCAGAGGACCCUGAAGACGGACGGGCGGAGCCUUGUCUCACCACACAGCCACUGCCCUCUCCACCCCUCCCCUCCGUCAGUCGGGACUCGCACACCUCCUGCUCCACUCCUGUCCUCCACCAAGCUUUAGCUCACGUCACCGACCUUCCACUCCCUCCACCUCUGGAGGCUGAGAGCCCCUGCAGGACUGCUGACGGCGCUGUGCCCCCCACUCUGGACUCAGAGCCAUGCUUACCUCUCCCCUGCAAGAACGCCCACCCAGCAGCCAAUACCCCCACCCUGCUGCUCAACGGACACUCAGAUGCAAAUGCUGUUGCUGACUCUGCUGUGAAGCAGCCAACCCCUCUCCCCAUGGAGGACUCCACUGAGACUGUCACUGGGGAAGCAGAAGCCCCUCCCACUCCCCCACCCCCCACCCUACCUUCCACAGCCUCAGGUCUUCCACAGGAGGAGCCGCCCAAACCACAGACUCAAGUUUACCCCCACAGACAGACGGAGGAGCCGAUGAAAGGCAAAGGGGGGGACAGCGCCCAGCUGUCGGCCCGCCCCCUGCUCUGUCAGAACCCGCUGUCAGAGCUGUCCCUCCUGGGAUCCCACUGGGACAGUGUCCACGGUCUGGUCCAGUCCGCCUGCAGUCACCCCGGAGUGAGCCGGGCACUGCAGCCCAACACCUACCAGUCCCGCCGGCUCGCCACCAAACUCCUGCAUGCGCACGGCUUGACUGUGGGGGGCGGGUCUCAGUGCUCGCGCAGGGAGGCGCUCUGCUGUCCCAGCAGCCCUGUGCAGGUGGGGUGGCCCUCUGCUGCCAGGAGCUACAACGGCCUUUGCGUACCCGCCAUGGCUACCUUAAACAGCUACUCACUAGCAGCCCACCAGUUCCAGCUGGCCUCCUUUUUUUCAGCCUCGAGCUCCCCUCCUCCCCCACAAGCGCCAGCCUACCUGGAUGACGACGGGCUGCCGGUGCCGCUGGACGCCGUGCAGCAGCGGCUGCGGCAGAUCGAGGCGGGGUACAAACAGGAAGUGGAGGUGCUACGGCAGCAGGUGAGGCAGCUGCAGAUGAGGCUGGAGAGCAAACAGUACGGAACCCCCCCCUCAGAGCCGGACAUCGACUACGAGGAUGACAUCACGUGUCUGCGGGAGUCGGACAACAGCAACGAGGAGGACUCCCUGUCCACCCACAGCGAGGACCGUCUGUCUGAGGGAAGCUGGGACCGAGUGGAGCGCAAAGAUGCAGAGGUCACCAGGUGGGUCCCCGACCACAUGGCUUCCCACUGCUUCAGCUGCGACUCUGAGUUCUGGAUGGCUAAGCGGCGUCAUCACUGCAGGAACUGUGGGAACGUGUUCUGUAAAGACUGUUGCCACCUGAGGCUGCCCAUCCCUGACCAGCAGCUCUACGACCCGGUUCUGGUGUGCAACAGCUGCCACGACCUGCUGCUGGAGUCCCGCACCCGCGAGAUCCGCAGCCAGCAGCUGAAGAAGGCCAUCGCCACGGCGUCCAGCUGAAAGGAGCGCAGACUGACCUGCCUCUGACCCGCGGGGAGCCCUGCUCGCUGUUCAAGCCUGCUGUCGUUUGGCUGCACUUAUGAGGAUUCGAAAGGCUGGAUGUGGAAACGGGGACUGGAAGAUGAGCUGGAGGCCCGUUACUAUUGAUGGGGGGGGGGUUGCUUCCUGCAGAACAAAACCCUCGUGUUCAAAGACCUUUUCAGGCUAAGUGCUGCAGUGUCCUGCUCCCCCCGCGCAGCUCCGCCCCCCCCAAACACCUCCUGACAGACGCCAUCUCGCACUUCAGAGGACAAUCUACGCCCACCGUGAGUCGGGGACUCUAAAGCCUUCACAUGCACCUGGAGGCUUGGACUUCUAAAGGAUUGCUGCUACAGUAUUUAAAGUCUAAUUUUGUAUUUUUGUGCACUAAUAUCCGUCGUGUAUUUGAGGGAAUCUGAGACCAAACUUGAGCUAAAGGGAGAAAUCUGCUGUUUACUUUGUCUUGUUUUUGAGCCUGAAUGUAACUGGAUUCACUCUGUGUUCACGUGCAUUCAGUGGGUCGUAUCAAUGUUCAUUUGCUGCGGCGUGUUCUGGAAAUUCUGUGUACUGAGAUUCAAUGUGGUUCUGUCCUUACCGGCGCUCUUCUCCAGCGCGCUCAUGUUGCGGCGCGUGAUGGAAGGAAUCUGUGAAGCCAUUGAACGGUUCAUGCAAAGCUUGAUGUGACUGAGGACCCCCCAGACUGCACAGACUGAUCCUUACGGUCCUCCUCAGGCCAGUUCAGAGGCAGUCUUCAAACAGUUUGGGUCUACUUGUUCCUGGAGACUAAAGAGUGCCAUAUUUCCUUCAGUCUACUCUGAAAAGCCGCCUUCUUCCUCGUGGACACGGCGGGUUUCUAAUUGGCCACAUGUGUGUUUAAUGAAGCAAAUCCUUAGCUGCUUAUUAUAAACAACCUAAACUAAACUUAUGGUUUUAGAACGAUGGGAUCUAAACUAAAUUAGCAAACCUUUGGGUUUUUUUCUAUCCAGCUAAUAUUUGAGGUGUCUGGUUUUUUUUUUUUUUUUGCACAGUGAAGUGCAAAAUCCUUCACGAGGGGCUCAGACGUGUAACAUACAUAGUUCUCGGAUCCGUAGCGGUGGCUAAAAAAACCCCAUCACUUAAUGAAUAAUUGUCGAAAAGAAAUACACUGUAAAAGUGAAAUCCAAUUGUUUGAAUUAAAAUCUAUCGAUGAUC